AUGGCAAAAGACCCGCUGAACGAGCUACUACAAUUUCUGAAACCGGAAUCUAGGGUUGAUUUGAAACACAUAUCUUUACAGAAUUUGAUCGGCGUCUCGGCCACCGAAGAGGGCGUCGAGGCCAUUUUGAAGAAUGAAAAUAUAGUCAAAAGUGUUAUCGAUAACACGGACGAUAAAGCCGAGGAAGUCGCUAAGAGCGCACUUCUACUACUCAUUAAUAUAACAGCCUACGCGAAAGGCGCCAAGGAGUUGUUAAAACUUAGACCAAAUACAAGAAAAAGUGUCGUGGACAUUUUUGUAGGUUAUAUACUCGAUCCUCAGAAGAGUAACGCCGACGCAGCUUGCAUGAUCCUAUCAAAUAUAACGAGGGUCGAAGAGAAUGUUGAAAAAUGCGUUGACAUACUAAUCACACAUCUAAAUGAUUUACUAAACGUCUUCACUAACACCGGGUUUAACAAAAAGGGCUCUAACUUGGAUUACAUUGCACCAAUGUUGAGUAAUUUGAGUUGCAGCCCUCGCAUACGGCGUUGGUUGACAGAAGAAAACCCUCAUGUACCAUUGAUCAAGUUGCUGCCUUUUUGCCACUAUGCAGGAUCUGUAAUAAGGAGGGGGGGUGCUAUAGGCACUAUACGGAAUGUAACAUUCGACGUUCAAUACCAUAAGUUCUUACUGACAUCAGAUCUAGACCUGUUGACGUACCUCCUCAUACCUUUAAUGGGUAAUGAAGACUACCCUGAUGAGGAAAUGGAUACCUUGCCUAUAGGGUUGCAGUAUUUACCCAAAGAAAAACAGAGAGAAGAGGAUAUUGAUAUAAGAAAAAUGAUAUUGGAAACACUCAACAAACUCUGUAUUAAAAGGGAAUCCAGAGAGUUCUUGAGGGAAAAUGGAGUGUAUUACAUUUUAAGGGAGUUUCACAAAUGGGAGAAGGAUCCAACAGUGCGUCUUGCUUGCGAGAAUGUAGUAGAUAUAUUAAUACAGAAAGAGGAGGAGGUUGGUGCUGAGGAUCUCUCUAUGGUGGAAGUGCCAGACGAUAUGGUGGAGAAAUUUGAAAAGAUGGACGCUGAAUAUAUUAAUACUACA